AUGCUCUUCCUGAGCCUGCGUUUUCUCCAGAAAUGUGGAUUGGAAGUGUCAACUGCCAUUGCUGGUGUAUUUUUACUGGUUCUUAUACCGACUUUGUACUUUUCACAAACGUUUCGUGGCUUUACUGCUCUCUUACUCAUGUCUCUUGGUUUGAGGCAAGGAAGAAACCUGCUUAUCACGGCAGGGACCACUUUAGUUAUCUCUUUUAACAUCCGAAACAUCCUUGGAAAUAUUCAAAAACUUGCCUCAAGUAUCAUCUGCAAUCUGGAGGCGAAGAGAAUAUCCAUUGAUUGUCCACCACUGGGAAAAUACAUUCAGAUGCUGAGAUGGAUGGGUGAACAACUCAAAAAAUUAAUUGAAACUGAUUUUGUGGUAGCACAGUACAAAUCUGACUUUAACAUCAGGCACAGCAUAGACUCAAGGAAUUUCAGUCUCAAGUUGAGAGAAGCUGAGAAGGCUCUGAAUGAGACAGAAGAAAUGAUUUUGGCAAAGUUUCACACAGCGUCUCUGAUAGCUGAAUUUGGUCUACCUAUUCUGGGUAUUCUCCUUCUUGUUCUUUUUACAGCCCUGCGCCUGAAAAGGUACCACAAAAACACAAUGUUCGAGAACAUCUUUAUUAUGAACAAGUUUCGUCAGUUCGACAAGAAGCAGAGAAAUGAGGGAAAGCCUACCGUUCUUCCUCUCACUGAGGAAGAAGCCGAACAGUACAUUUCUGUCCCGUCCCUGGGUCUCACAGCCAAGGACGGAAAGGCCAUGGUCAAGUUCAGUAUUCCUGUUUUUACCCAUUGCAUUGCAUGGUCUUUCUUCAUUGCUGUCGACUGUCUGCUUUACAAGCUCAUUGAGGUUCUCAGAACAGAGCUGGAUGAUUUGGAACCAUUCCGUGUUCCUGUGAAAAUAAAUGUCCUUGAUGAGGCUACUUUAGUGUUUAUUCCUGUUGGGAGAGGUGAAGUGAAUGAAGACUUCUCCUACAAUGUCUCGCUCUUUGAGAAGAAGUGCUUACCUGAACCCAGUCUGCCACUGUACAGUUCUAUGGUGCCUCUUUCAGUCGUUCUGGCUUUGCUAGUUCUACUGGUCCUUGUGUCAUCAAAGCUCACUCAGUUAAGGCAUCUGAUAUAUGAGCAGUUCUUUCCGGACCAGGCUCAAGAUAGAGUCGCCUGCUUGCACUCAAAGAUCUUGAGAAAGAGAUCUAAGAGUAAAGUGCACAUUUUCAAAAGAGAUUGGAAAACGUUAGUCAUGCAGACAUAA